ACAGACGUCAAAGCAUUGAUAAUAUACUUUGUUUUUACUUAGAAAAAAAAAACGGAAACAUGGUAAAACCAAGGCCGAUAGCAUUGGAAGAGAUCAGUUUGACGGAAGCCAAUGUGCUGGUAGGCAGUGUGAAAUGUUCUUCCGCGUCACACCCUUGUUGCUCGCCGUUGCCCUGCUCGCCUGCUCGGCGCAGGAGCACGACCUACUAGCCGGCAUCACCUCCUCCACGGGACAGCUGAUCGGGGGCAUCGCAAAAUUACCCCUGGUGAGGCAAAUUACUCAGAUGUCUGGAGAUCUCUUGGCCGGUACUGCCAACUUGGUGACCACCGUGCCGUUAUCGCUGGUUCGAUCGCUCGGCAUCAGCUAUGGAUUUCCCACUCUGGUAAGCGAUACCAACUCAGUCGAGGUGACGAAUCGCAUCAUAAACGAAUUCACCGAAGGUCUCUCCAACGAAGAUAUCAAUUUGACCAUAACCGACCUAGUGUCGAAAUAUGGAUACCCGAUAGAGAAACAUAUGGUCGAGACCCAGGACGGAUACUUCCUGACAAUGCACAGAAUACCCAACGAUAACGCUUCCGCAGUAUUCCUUAUGCACGGGCUGCUCGGCAGUUCCGAUGACUGGGUGGUGUCUGGGCCAGUGAGCGCGCUCGCCUACCUUCUCGCCGAUGAGGGCUACGACGUGUGGAUGGGCAACGCGCGCGGGAACAAGCACUCGCGCUUCCACAACGCCUUUGACACGACCGAAGCGGACUUCUGGGACUUCUCCUGGCACGAGAUCGGCUUCUACGACCUCCCGGCCAUGAUCAACUACGUGCUUCUCGCCACGAGGUCGGCCAGACUGAAGUACAUCGGCCACUCGCAGGGGACUACUGCUUUUUUUGUGAUGGCAUCCGAAAGACCAGAUUACAACAAUAAGAUAUCUUUGAUGAUCGCCCUGUCACCGGUGGCGUUCAUGAACCACGUAAAGUCGCCGAUAGUGCGGCUGACAGCUCCGGGCGCGCCCUUCCUGCACAAUAUAAUGAAGGGACUAGGUCUGUACGAAGUGUUGCCGGACAAUGCAGCCACCAAACUGCUGCGGCAACUGCUUUGCCGCGCCGAACGGUUGGCGGAGAUACUAUGCACCAACUUUGUCUUCCUCACCCUCGGCUUCGAUUUUGAGCAGCUAAACGUGACCAAUCUGCCGGUGUUGUACGGGCAUAUGCCUUCGGGAGCGUCCGGCAAGCAGUUUGCUCAUUACGCCCAGGGUAUAGUUUCGGGUGAUUUUCGACAGUUCGACUAUGGAGACAUGGUGAAUACGGUGGUGUACGGAGAGAAGCGGCCGCCGAGCUACGUGCUGGAGAACGUGCGGACGCCCGUCGCCAUGUUCUACAGCGAGGCGGACUGGCUUGCGGACCCUCGGGACGUUGACCAACUUUACAACAAGCUGACGAACGUCAUCGAUCUGUAUAAAGUACCGUACGAACAUUUUUCGCAUUUAGAUUUUAUUGUAGCAAAGGACUUUAAAACGUUGAUUUAUUCCAGGAUACGUAAACUUUUGUGGACGUUUCAGAAAUACGAUUUUGAGUAAGUGAAGCACUGUCCAUUACUAUUGUAGGUGAUUAUAUUUAUUGUAGCGUUAUAAGUUCACGCUUGAAUGAUAAUACCGAAAUACUAAUAAUGUCCGACUUGUGUCCGAAAGAAACAUGUGAGAUAUAUGCAAUUAUUUAAUAAUGUCUUAAUUUAUUUCAAUAGAUAUGAAUGCAUUAUUUAUUUAAUCUACAAACUGAAGUUGUUGGUGAAUAAAACCGGAUAUUAAUAC